AUGCAUGGGAACCAGCCAGUUUGGACAACCAACGGAGAUGUCAUAGACAGUCUGGGUCUGUACGGCUCUGAUGGUCAAAUACGGACAACUGUUCUCGUCUACACAGCUGCGGACGACCCUGCCGCCAGAUUCAUAAGCAGACGCCCCAUGGCAUCCGACGUGGGCAGCAAUUUGGUAUCCCAGCAGAUUAAGACUUGGAUCAACGAAUGUCAGACUCAGCAUCAUACCUGUCCUUCGAUCGAAAACCCCCCGCUACCAACUAGGGUUAUAUAUGUAGGACGUGAGGUUGAUGGCUCCUGGGACGGCUUGAAGCUCUAUGUGAGCGAAACAGCCGAGAAGGGACACUAUGCAGCAUUAUGUUACUGUUGGGGGAAGGAUGAGAAUGUUGUCACGACAAAGGACAAUAUUAACUCACACAAGGAUAAACUCGAAUUCGCCAACCUCCCCAAGACCAUUCAGGACGCCAUUACAGUAACAAGAUCAUUGGGCCUUCUAUAUCUCUGGGUAGAUGCACUCUGCAUACUUAAAGACGACAAAGCCGAUACAGCGAGGGAAAUCCAGAAGAUGGGGCACAUAUACAUGAAUGCGACGGUUACCAUCGCGGCAUCAACCGCCUGGUCCGCAUCCAAAGGGUUUCUGCAACCGCGGAAACCGCCGGAGAGUUGUGAAUUCGCCGUUCGUACCCCAGAUGGAAAAGAUGGCCAUAUACACGUUUCGGCGGUUGUCAGGCACUUUUUUGCUUUCCAUCCAUUGGACUACCGCGGAUGGACUCUGCAAGAGCACCAGCUGUCUCCACGGCUCAUCCUGUACAGCAAGAAAGAGGUUAUCUGGCGCUGUCGCAAAGAUAAAAGCAAAACUAUUAUCCCUGGCCAGAUAGUCUAUCAGCAGCCCCUGCGACUCCUACCAUCGGGAAUUUUCGAGGCUUGUACCUCCCGCGCCGGCAGGACGGUAACGCAGCAAACACAGCUUUGGACUCAAAUCGUCUGCGAAUACUCUGGACGUCAGUUAACUGUCGCUGUAGACGAGUUGAAUGCUCUUGCGGGGAUUGCCAAGGUGCUCGCAACAUUCUGGGACGACGUUUACAUCGCUGGCCAUUGGGGGAGAUGUUUGAUACAGCACCUGGCCUGGUGGACUAUUUUCCCUUCGUCAAACAAGUUACCUACAGAUUACGCUCCAAGUUGGUCUUGGCUGUCUGGCGGACAGUGCAUACGCUUUGACAUUGUCGAUGUUCCCACGGCUAGAAUGGUCGAGAUGCCGUUGCUUGAGGGGGCUGAUUGGCAAUGCGGACAGCGUUUAGCGCUUGUUCUCAGUGGUCCAGUUAUUGACAAGGGAAGUUCUCUCUGGUCGAGAUUGCGGGUGAAGAAAGAAUACCCCGGAGAGCAGAUGUGUGUGCUUAUUUUAGGGUAUAAAUUUUAUGGGAGGGGAAAAAAGAAGAGGGUUGGAGUGGGCUUAGUACUUGAGAAGGCUGAUAACAAUCACUAUCGGCGUCUGGAUAGAGUGAUUGUCAAGGGUAUGGGGCUUAGAUGGGAUUCCAAGAUACGGACAGUCAGCAUAAUUUAA